AUGAACUCUAACGGUCAGCCCAACUUUACUCCUGCUCAACAAUACGUGGGGCACACUUUCGGACAACUACCAUCUCAUAUUCCACAACCUCAACCAUUCCAAAAUACUCCACCAAACACAUAUGUCUUCCAUCAUCACUACCAUCAUGAAUACUAUCCCGGAACUCAACAUUUUGAACGACAGAUGCCCUAUUUGCCGCCAGCGCCGCAGUCAUGGGUACCACCCGAUCCAUUCGUUGACGAUUUUCCGAUGCCUGAUGAAUCUGAACCGAUUUUUGCCGACUUGUCAAUGAGCAAUCUGAAGCCUCAUUAUUCGCCAGUUCAGAAAAAGGAAGAGAUUCUUGAAGAGAUUGUUCGCGAAUGCGAAGAAAUCGAACGUCGCUCUUCUUCUGGCGGAUCACCCAACUCCAGCAUUUGGUCAUCUGACGAUCGCGAUACACCUGAUCUCCCACACUACCAUCCAUACAAGUCACCGGAGAAAAAGGAGCGAAAGAAGGCUCAAAAUCGCUUAGCUGCCACCAGAUAUCGUGAAAAGAAAAGAAAAGAGAAGGAACUCGCAAUGAAUUGCAUCGAAGGUCUCACAGUUAAGAACAAUGAGCUCAAAACCAAAGCGAUUGAGCUUGAGCGUGAAAUCGGUUACCUUAAGAACUUGAUUAAAGAGAUCGGCCUCGAGUAG